AUGAGCUUCCCCGGUGCCGCGCCUCCACCCGAAGGAGUCACGCCAAAUCUGGAUAAUCCCGCCGAUAUACUCGUGACCACGAAUUAUGUCACUCAGGUUCUGACCCUCUUCUUCACGACGGUGUUUGUUGCGACGCGGUUCUUUGCAAAGUAUAAGGUUAUGGGAGGAGGUAUUUCAAGGGAUGAUGUUGCUACAUAUGUUUCAUUUGUCUUGAUGGUGGGCUACUGCAUCACAGCUGCUAUAGCUAGUAAAUAUGGUGCCGGUAAUGAUCAGUGGGAAGUAAGCUCAAAGGAUCUAACAUCCUUCCUCAAGUACGGCUACGCAGCAACCGUCUUCUACGCCCCGAUGGCCCUCGGCGUCAAGCUCUCCCUUCUCUUCAUUACAAUCCGCGUCUUCGGCAAAGUCCACAAGAAAACCACAAUAGGAAUCUACAUCUUCAUCGGCAUGCUAGUCGCCUACUACGUAUCUGGUUUCUUCAUCAAGAUCUUUAUCUGCAGGCCCAUAAGCUCCUACUGGAUGGGCGAGAUGGAGAAUUGUCUCGAUCAAAACGCCAUUAUCACUGCUGAUGCCUUCAUCAGUGUGGUUAGCGACUUGGCGAUUCUGUUCUUGCCUACACCGCUUACUUGGUCACUACAACUUUCCAUGAGAAAGAGACUUCGAGUUAUUGGUAUUCUUUGCGCCGGCGGUGUUGCGACGGGGUUCAGUAUUUAUCGAUUGGCUAUGAUUCUGAAGGAGAGAGGUUCAUCUAACCAGACCAUCGUUUUUACAAAGGUCAUUCUUUCUGGUAAUGCAGAAGCGGGCAUCGGCUUGAUAUGCGCCUGUCUCCCCUCCAUAAGUGCCCUUAUAGUCCGACGCAACGGCUAUGCCUCCCGUGGCUACCAAAGUUCAGGGCCAGCCGAUAUCAGCAGACAUGGGGAGAUCAUCCUGACAAGGUCAUAUCAGGUGGAGACGAGCAAGAAAGCCCAGACCGAUCCAUUUCAUCUUGGGAACGAUGAGGCUGGUCUGAUUGCCAGUAUAAAUGCCAAUUCCAAGAGUAACUGCUCUAGUAGAGCGAGAUCUCCAGAAUCGGCUUGA